AUGAGGAAGGCAUAAAUUUGAGCAUCUUUGGUGGGAAUUAAAGAAAGCCAAGGGAUUCAAAGUAUACUUAGGAGGAAUAAAUGGCAUCUAGGAUGACUCAAUUUCAUUUUCUAGCCACCUUUUAAGAAGAUAAAUCUGUUUUUUGCAUCGUUAUGGUCUCUGCAUCUGUCUGCAAUGGCACUGCCUUCCACCCUUCCACAUUUAUUCUACUGGGAAUCUCUGGGAUGCAAGACCAGCAUGCUUGGAUUGCCAUCCCCUUCUGCUCCAUGUAUAUCCUUGCUUUGGUCGGCAAUGGCACCAUCCUCUACGUCAUCAUGACGGACAGAGCUCUGCAUGAGCCAAUGUACCUCUUUCUGUGCCUGCUUGCCACCACUGACUUGGUACUCUGUUCAACCACACUGCCCAAAAUGCUAACAAUCUUCUGGUUUAGGUCCCAUGUAAUUUCUUACCUUAACUGCCUCACCCAAAUGUUUUUUGUUCACACUGCCUUUGCCACCGAGUCAGCUGUCCUGUUGGCCAUGGCUUUUGAUCGCUAUGUUGCUAUCUACCAUCCACUUCACUAUACAUCCAUCCUCAAUGUCACUGUGAUUGGGAAGAUCGGUCUGGCAUGUGUAGCCCGUGGUCUUCUCUUUGUUUUCCCUUUCGUCAUCCUCAUUGAACGCUUGCCCUUCUGUGGACAUCACAUCAUCCCCCACACGUACUGUGAGCACAUGGGUAUUGCCAAGCUGGCCUGUGCCAGCAUUAAGCCCAACACUAUCUAUGGUCUCACCGUGGUACUUUCUGUCACUGGCAUGGGUGUGGUCCUCAUUGCUACUUCCUGUGGCCUAAUCCUGCAGGCCGUGUUGCACCUGCCCUCUAAGGAUGCCCAAUUCCGAGCAUUUAGCUCUUAUGGAGCCCACAUCUGUGUGAUUCUUGUCUUCUACAUCCCUGCUUUUUUUUCUUUUUUCACCCACCAGUUUGGACACCAUGUACCUCCCCAGGUCCGCAUUGUACUUGCAAAUCUCUAUCUUCUCUUGCCACCUGUUCUAAACCCCCUGGUCUAUGGCAUUAAUACCAAACAGAUUCAGAUGAGACUGUUUGGUUUUUGUCUGGAGAGGAGGUAGCUAUACUAUCUAUAUGCUCCCAUUCAUCAUCAGGAAAUGUUAUAUUUAAUUUCCCAUCUUCCUCAGCAAUCCUUAUC